GAAGGGGUACAGUGCGCAGACGCGUCAACGGCUGUUUAGCUGCGCGCGCGCUGUCUGAUUUGCUUUUCAAGGUCUGGCUGCUGAGCGCUCAAAUCCUGGCUAGGUCCGCCCGGCAGUGCGGUGGCUACUCUCCUGGGCAGGGUCGUCUGUGACCCGUGGUCCGUUUCUCCGUCAUCACCGGCAAUAAAUCUCUCGAAACCGACUGGUCCGCUUCCGGAGAGGGGGUAUUCAGGACUCCUUCAUCUUCCUUCCAGUGGACGGCGAGCCCGGCAUCUUCGGCGUCCGUGAUCGGCAGUUCUUCCAGGUGCUUGCCACAUUGAAAAAUGGCUACUGGACAGGACCGGGUAGUUGCUCUAGUGGACAUGGACUGUUUUUUUGUUCAAGUGGAACAGCGGGAAAAUCCUCAUUUGAAGAAUAAACCUUGUGCAGUUGUACAGUACAAAUCAUGGAAGGGUGGUGGAAUAGUUUCAGUGAGUUAUGAAGCUCGUGCAUUUGGGGUCGCUAGGAACAUGUGGGCAAAUGAUGCUAAGAAGUUAUGUCCAGAUCUUCUACUGGCACAAGUUCGUGAGUCUCGUGGGAAAGCUGACCUUACCAAGUACCGGGAAGCCAGUGUGGAAGUGAUGGGGGUAAUGUCUCAUUUUUCUGUGAUUGAACGUGGCAGCAUCGAUGAGGCUUAUAUAGACCUGACCAGUGCUGUACAUGAGAGACUACAAAAGCUACAAGGUCAACCUAUCUCGGCCGACUUGUUGCCAACCACCUACAUUGAAGGGUUGCCCCAAGGCCCUACAACAGCAGAAGGGACUGAUCAGAAAGAGGAGAUGCGAAAACAAGGCUUAUUUCAAUGGCUUGAUUCUCUUCAGACUGGUAACACCACCUCUCCGGACCUGCAGCUCACUGUUGGAGCAGUGAUUGUGGAGGAAAUGAGAGCAGCCAUAGAGAGGGAGACGGGCUUUCAGUGUUCAGCUGGAAUUUCACACAAUAAGGUCCUGGCAAAACUGGCCUGUGGACUUAACAAGCCCAACCGCCAGACCCUGGUCUCACAUGGGUCAGUCCCACAGCUCUUCAGUCAAAUGCCUAUCUACAAAAUCCGUAAUCUUGGAGGAAAGCUAGGGGCCUCUGUCAUUGAAAUCCUGGGGGUGGAAUACAUGGGUGAACUGACCCAGUUCACUGAAUCCCAGCUCCAGAGUCAUUUUGGGGAGAAGAAUGGAUCUUGGCUAUAUGCCAUGUGUCGUGGGAUUGAACAUGAUCCAGUUAGACCCAGAAAAAUACCUAAAACCGUUGGCUGCGGCAAGAACUUCCCAGGAAAGACAGCUCUGGCUACUCGGGAACAGGUACAGUGGUGGCUUUUGCAAUUAGCCCAGGAACUAGAGGAGAGACUAACCAAGGACCGAAAUGAUAAUGACAGGGUGGCCACACAGUUGGCUGUGAGCAUUCGUGUACAAGGAGACAGACGUCUCAGCAGCCUACGCCGCUGCUGUGCCCUUACACACUACGAUGCUCACAAGAUGAGCCGUGACGCAUUUGCUGUCAUCAGGAACUGUAACACUUCAGGCAUCCAAACUUGCUGGUCUCCUCCCCUCACAAUGCUUUUCCUCUGUGCUACCAAAUUCUCUGCCUCUGCCCCUUCAUCUUGCACAGACAUCACCACCUUCUUGAGCAGUGACCCAAGUUCUCUGCCAAAGGUGCCAGCUACCAGUUCAGAAGCUAAGACCCAGGAAUGUGGCCUGGCAGGGACAGCCACUAAGAAAGCAGCCACUUCUCUGGAAUCAUUCUUCCAAAAAGCUGCAGAAAAGCAGAAAGUCAAAGAAGCUUCAGUGUCAUCUCUUACUGACACUACCCAGGCCGCCACGAGCAAUUCACCAUCCAAGCCCUCGUUACCUUUCCAAACCAGUCAUGCUACAGGAACCGAGCCCUUCUUUAAGCAGAAGAGUCUACUUCUAAAGCAGAAACAGCUUAGUAAUCCUUCAGUUGUCUUCCCUCCACAAAAUCCACAGUCCAGCCCUAAAAAGUUAACAAACUCUUUUCCAACAGAAUAUCCAGAUUGCACCCCCGUCUGUCAAGCAGUAUUGAAGGUGGGAUCCUCUAAAACAACUCCUGCAGGGAUGGAUUUGGCCCAGAAUAGCCCAAGCAGUCUUGCUUCUGUAAUUUCCAAGUCUGCUCCGGAGGUGGCUCAGAAGUCAACUACUACCCCAAGUCCUGUGGCAGCUGAGGACCAAGUGCCCUGUGAGAAGUGUGGCUCUCUGGUGCCUGUAUGGGAAAUGCCAGAACAUACGGACUAUCAUUUUGCAUUGGAGUUACAGAAAUCCUUUACGCAGUCCCACUCCUCAGACUCACAGGUUGCGGACUAUCAUUUUGCAUUGGAGUUACAGAAAUCCUUUAUGCAGUCCCACUCCUCAAACUCACAGGUUGUUCCUGCCAGUUCUCCUCAGGGCAAAAGAAAUCCCAAGAGCCCUUCAGCCUCCAGUAAUAAACGCGCUAGGCCUGAGGGCAUGCAGACAUUGGAAUCAUUUUUCAAGCCGUUAACACAAUAGUGCUGCCCUCAGGCUUGCUGCAGGGUUUUAAUAUUUUACCUGUAAACUAGGAGAUGGAAAUGUUUUUACUUCUCAAGGAAACCUGUAACUUUUAUACAAGAAAAAUAAUCCAGUUAGAUGCUAAGUUAAGACCCCCAUCUCUUCACAGGCAUGGAUUCUAAUUCCAUUGCUGACAGAGAUGUAAAAACUGACUUAUCUUGCAGAGAUACAACUGCUCGGAGUUUUUAAUCAUUAAAGUUUAGGGACACAGUGUCGGUAAAAAUGUGUGGGCCUUGAAGCCCACGAGAGGCACUUUCUUUUUCAUCUGUAAAACUGAUAUACCUUACUGAUGAUUGGAAAUCAAAGACAAGAUACUUAAAGUCUGUAGCUUAAAGAUUGGAACAGAAAAGUAAUGGAGAAAAAACGUUUUAAAAAGAUUUUUCCUCAAGCUCUGUGACAGGGGCAGUUUAGAUAACGCUUUGACCAAAUGUGAGGUUUGAGAACGUGAGGUAAAGACCUGAAACCCUAAAGUGGUAACUAGUUUAGGGCAGGGCUCUAUACACAGAAGCUACUCAAUAAAUACUGAAUUUCAUACAAGGAAA